AUUUGAAGGGGAAGGCGGCUGCGCAGUCGCCCAAAGCAGGCGCGCCCGAUAUAUACCCGGAUCCCCAGUGGCAUCACCUCCCCACCACCAGCGUCUUUGCCACCACCGCCUUCUCCAGUGUCGUUGCCACCACCAGCGUCUCUGCCUUCGCCGGCUGUCGACUCCAGUCGUCUUUCUCCGUCACCACACCAUGUCCACUCCUCGAGUCAUCCGCACCUACGGCCGCAAGUCCCAGCCCCGUCCAUACCCGACGCUGUCGCCGGGCUGGGAGCAAGUCUAUCGCUCGCACCUCCAGGAGGCUGCUCGGUCGCCUCCAAGCCCAUCCAACGCCACCAAGACAAUUGCCUCCAGAGAAGAGGGUGAGCGGCCCGACCCCCCAGCCAUCCGCGCGCGGAGUGUGCGUCCCAAGGUGGCUGAGCCCCAAUCCAGACCUUUCCGGCCAGCAAAGGCACAGCCGGAUCCAUGCUGCCCCACCGAUGCCCCGGAGGAGCAGAUACCCUCCAUCGCCUCCAACGAGACCAGCGCACCAGUAGCCACACCGUCAAGUGCAACUGCCUUGAGCCCCAGCGAACCUUCGAGCACCAGGCCCGAUGACGCACCACACGGCGCACUCGUCCUCAGCGACGCGAGUGUCCUUCAUGUCGCCCACACGACGAUCGACAGCACGGAUACCCUGGCAUUUGCACCAACGGACAGCCCAAGCAGCAUCUAUAUGAUUCCCCCAGAUCCCCUCGAUCGACAGUCCUCCAGCCAGGGUGCAUUCACGUCCUCGCCUGCAGGAUCGCCGCUCGUUCCGGCAGCCGCUCCCGUCGCUCCUGCUACACCGCUGCCUCUACGACGAUCCCCUCGGUUUCUCAAAUCGGCCAACAUCGAGCCAGCGACCUGUAUCGAAAGUACCGAGGGGACAAGCUCAGUCCACACAGCUAUCGACCACGAUGCGACGGGUUCCACCACCUCGGACGAGCCUGAACCUGGGCCUGAACCUGAACCAGACCCACAGCCACAGCAGGCCAACUAUAUCGUCAUUACACAUGUCGGCCAGCGUCUCAAACGGGUGGUGUCGCUGCCACUGGCAGGCCAAACAAACUGCACCGCCGACCUCGCCGACGUCGAUAUGGCCCAGGCAGACGGCGUCCAGGCCGCCAACGAGACGUCUUUGCAACUUGCUCGCUCAUCAUCCGAGUCCUCGUUCGCCGGAUCCUCAACUCGUCGCAUCCCUAUCGAUCUGAUAUCGCUCCCAAGCGUGUCUGUGCAUUCCGAAUCGACAGAGUCGGACGAGAACAUCCUGUCAGACCUGCGCAUUUUGCCGCCUUUUGCGUGCGCCCUACGUGAUGCCACAUCGUUCGGGUCGUUCUGGACAGAGGAAUCCAUGGACAUUGUUUCCCAGGAUCCACGCGAUGCUGGCAGUGACAGUGACAGCGACAGCGACAUCUCACCCGCACCUUGGGACUCGCCAUCGAUGAGUGCUCGCCCGCUUUCAGAACUGAUCGGCCGCAACAAGCUGGGGUGGGACCGUGCCGCUGUCCAUUCGUUCCUCAAGCCGCCGCGGAUCAAGGCUGUGCGAAAGCCGCGCCAUUGGGAGAAGCUCUCAAUUUCGGGCGGCAAUUCGAUCCAGCGACUCCCAUCGACCCCAAUAUUGGCGGCAGCCUCAAAGUCAGCACCAUCACCACCAACACAGAUAACGACGGCGACGCCAGCGUCUGCUCUGGGCACUCGGGCCAAGCCUGCGCAUGUCCGCCGCCGCACCUCGAGCUCAUAUCUGGGAUUCAGCGACUUUGGUCGCCCAAUCCAGCGAACCUUCAAAACCAAUCGCCUUUAGAUCAAUUUCCCUCCUGGGCCAUGUGGGCUUACAGCACGUCCCAAAACCGGUCUGGCCAAGUUGGGCGCCAUGACACUGGCAAUCUCAGUGUUGAUCACUGCAGUCGAUAUGGAAUACAAUGCUUGGCCGUUUUUGA